UUUUGUAUUCGAAAUCAGAAUCAAGUCAACACUCAAGAAGUGUAACAGCAGUACAUCAAAUCCUUUUCUCUACUUCUUAAAUCCUUCUUUAAUCAGCAAACAUGAAGUUCGUUGUUGCCGUAGUCAUGUUGGUUCUUGCCGUUGGUGUGCACUCUUCCCUGGUAGCCCCAGGACUUGGUCCACUGCUAGCAACUGGCGCGUGGGGAGGUCUUGGCGCACCGGUUGCCAUUAAUGCUUGGGGUGUUAGCGCUCCCGGCCUAUGGGGUGGCAUUCCCGGCAUUUCUCUUAGUCAAGGACCAGGUGUCGCUGUUGCUGCUCCUAUUGCUGCUUCUAUUGAUGUGGGUACAGGCCCUGGUGUUUAUGUGGCGAAGACUCGUGGUGCCAUUCACACCGCCCCAUUGGCCGGACACAUUAACUCGGCGACUUCUCUGAAUUUGGCACCAGCUCCAGGCACUUUGUAAGCGUUUCGUGCAUCAUCGAUUCAUCUCGUUGGAGAAUAAAUGCUUACUGCUACUACUACAACCACAUAAACAAAAAUAUCAACAAUUUGAUGACUCUGAUGCCAAACGAAGAAUGCAACCGUUAUCCGUCAUUUGCUAUGUACUAUCUACUAUCCGCAACUCAUACCCUGACCCGCAACCGACCUGAUGUGCAACUCAUAAUGUCUACAGCAUAUCUAUGUUUUUUAUAUUAAAUAAUAUACUACGUACCUUGUACACAACUACA